CGUGAACCUGCAACUUAGAAAGAAUGCGAGCAGAACACUGAAAAUCAAGCAAGCAGGUCUUUUGACGAGGCUAGCACCCUACUUCCAAGGUGGUCCACAACUUCUACGUUGACUCACUAGUUUCUGCUGUAGCACUUUUUCCGAGCUCCUUUUUGAUCUAGAACCAUAUAGUACAAGAACUACCCACCCGGAAAAAAUUACUUAGUUCAUUUUCGUUGUAACAGAAACAGACCCACAUCCACAAGAAGGCGAAGAUGAAUGCAGGUUAUUGUUAGAGUAAAUGUUUGAGAGAAUGCGCAAGGCGGCGGAAAUUGCAAAUGAGACCUCCGAGGAGUCGAGCGAGGUGAUGGAAAACAACCUCGGCGCUGCAGUUUUCACCGCCAGGUCAUCUAAUACAACUCCACAGAACAAUUAUCGGAGCCAGAACAAAGGUCUGCUCCUCCUCUCCGGCAGAAGAGUCCCAGAGGGCGACGCGUUAGAGAGUACGGCAGGUGGGGGAGACUUGGUUUCCGGUACGACAAUCGCUCCCGCCUCCAGCAGUGCCUCCAAUACGUUGUUGACUCGCGAACAGCAGCGUGAUUCGACGUCGCUGCAGCAGCGAAUGACACCAGCCAGUAAUGUGAGGAUCGGGGCGGGGAAAAGGCCCAACAAGAAGCCGGGCGACACGAACCAGAACGCCGCCCGGAUGCGCGGCGUGGCCCUGCUGCAAGCGGCGGCGCAGGAGUACAAGCAUCAGGGUGUGCGGCAGAAUUCCUCGAAUCUGAAGGCGAGCGCCAGCGGCAACCGGAUGCAGAAGGAGGCGCAAAACACCACCAAGAUCAUGAAGUCGGAUUACGUGUCGGACGACGAGGAUCUGCUCCCCAUCGCGGCACUCGAGAAAGAGCAGGACACACUGCUGGACCAGGACCGCGCCCGGGCCUUGCAGGCGUACAUUGGGACCGAGAACGCCGAAAAACGGAUGCCGAAGUACGAACCGAUCUACGAGGGGAUCCAGUAUUGCAAGGAAAAAUCCCCCCUCCCCAUAUCAAAACGAAAUUUCUGAUGCUGAAUUUGGGCAAACAAAUCAGCUCUGUAUUGCAGAAAGGCACCGCAGCCAGAUCCCCAGGCUAGGUAGAGGGGCGUAUGGGUCUAGUUGCUCAGCAUGGCAAACAGGUCACAUUUAGGGCCAACAGCAUGACAAAUCGCUUCCAUAGUGGGGCAGAAGCUUCUGCCCUUGUCUUCUUGCAAUACAAAUGUGAUUUGCGACCUCAAAUCAGCAACGCAAAUUUUCGGAAGCAUACCUUUUCGAUAUGGGGAGGGGGGAUUUUUCAUUCUGAUAUCCAGUCCGCGGCGUUCAUUGAAACCUUGUACGCGUUCGCGAACGUGGAGUGCACCUCGGGCUACAAAACGUUGCUGUACAUGAAGCCCGGGUGGUCUUUCUUCGUGAUGGCUCUGGGGUAUUUGGUGCAGUUCGUGGUGAUCGAGUACAUUCAGUACGACUUGUCCGGCCCCGCGGUGCGGAAGUGGCAGGACGGCUACCACAAGCUCGUCUCCAUGCAACUCGGGGCGGCCUUGGAUGACAAGGCCGGGACGAAUUUCGCACAGCUCCCGGGCGGGGCGGAUCUGCAUAAUGACGCGAAGGUGCGCACCGAGGAGAUCACGACCUACCUGAAGGUUCUGGAGAAGGAGGACGCGGACAAGAUUUGCGACUGGAGUAUCAGUUCGCCCUUCAUGUAUCAAAUGCAAAAAUGUCUGGGUGUGGAAGAUUGCGAGAAUUGUCAUGCUUGUCUGGGAUGACCAAAAAGUUUGUGAUGCGUGUCCAAGAAGAGACCCUUUUGUCUGUCAUGCAAAAACGCAGGUUGUCAUGCGAAAAACGCAACACAACGAAGCGCAAAUAUUUCUCAUGCUUGGCUGGGCAUUACAGAGCAUUCACUAUUCCCAACGCAGCAUUACAAGUUUCCAGACCCAGACAUAUUUGCAUUUGAUAUCAUGCUCGCGUCGCUGAUCUUUUUGCACCUCAUUGCGGUCUCGCGCGAGCUGGCGGACCGGUUGCGGUUGCUCUACUGGCUGCUGUUUGUCGCGCCGGCCACGCCGGACUGCAAGGAGGCGGUGGGGGUGGUGGUGAAGAAGGAAUUAGCGCACUUCAACGCCUUGCAGCUCGAAUCCAUCCGGACCGACGGACGGCUGUCGAAUUCCGCGGACGCGCCGGAAGUGCGAGACCUAUGCAUUGCAAAUGUGUCUGGGUCUGGAAACUUGUAAUGCUAAAAGUGAAUGAUAGACGCACUGUAAUACGCAGCUAUGCAUGACAAAGUUUUUGGCUGUCAUGUCGUACGUAUUCCGCAUGGCAAACUGCGUUUUUGCAUGACAGGUAAGAGGGCCUUUUCGUGCCUAUGCAACACAGAUUCUCUAGCCAUGCCAGACAAGCAUGACAAACUUGCAUUCUUCCAGACCCAGACAUUUUUGCAUUUGAUUCGACCACAUGCUGGACGAUUUUUUCGAGAUCGAGCCGGAGCUGGUGAUCAUUGGCGCGCCGUUGUGGGCCAAAUUGUUCUACGCGCUCCCGUAUGGAUUGUAAAAAUGUCUGGGUCUGGAAGAAUGCAAGACUUGUGAUGCAGGUUUUCCAUGACCCAUGAGGUCUGGAAUGCGAGGCCCAGCAUCACAGAUUCUUUGAGGUCUCUAUCAUGCCUUUCCUGCAUAAGAGACUCCCUCUCAACUUGUUCAGAAGCGGACAGCUUUUGGCACUCACGCAACACAGAUUUUUGCAUCAUUCAGAUUUUGCAUGACAAGUUCUAAUCUUCCAGACCCAGACAUUUUUACAUUUGAUAUCCCGAUCAUUCUGCCCUCCUUUUUCAUCGCGCUCUUCACGGUGUUCGUCGGCUUGCAGUACUACAUCGGCACCACACACGCUGAUGUUUUGUUCAACGCGGCGUUUUUCGUGAUUUUGGCCCAGUUUGACAACUUCAUUUACGUGACCUGCAUCACGCGCGACCAGCGGACCGAGGUGGAGAUGUGUCGGCUAUACUUCAACAAGCGGGCCCGGGAUGCGGAACUCGGGUACGUGAAGUUUUCUGCCGAGAUGAUGUUCACGGUGAUCACGGCGGUUUUAUCCUUCUCGGUGGUCGCGGUCAUGCUGCCCAAUCUGUUGGCGGAUUCCGCGCCUGUGGACGGAUACCGAAACGCGAGUUGGCACCGGGAGUUUAUCUUCGGGCUGCGGGACUAUUGCCGGGACCAAAAUCUGCGCUAUGUCUACAACGACCGGUGGUCGGUGCGCGACUACUUCGUACUGUUUCGCACGGCGCCCAACCUGAACGCGGACGGCACGAUAUCCUGUGUAAAAACGUCCCCACCCCAGAGUUGUCAUGCAGAUUUGCAAUGACAGGAACGUUUGUAAUGCGCAUCUACAUCAGAGGCAUUUCCAAUCGUGUUUUGGCAAUUGUAAUCCUGUAAACAGGAUGAGGAGAUGAGUCCUUCCUAACCUGCACUACACUACAAAGACGAACUUGUCAUGCAUGGCUUCCAAAACUCCUAGAUUUGUGUUGCAGAGUUCACAAGAACUUGACUAUGGGGUGGGGACGUUUUUCCUCAGGAUACACGACGGCCUCCGUGCAGCCGGGCUGCUGCGGCGAGCCGGGGGCCGACGCGGUGGAGGUGCCGGACUCCUCGUUUGUGCAACAGGUGGCGGCGGGCGUGGGGGCGGUUUUGGGCGGGACGGAUUUGCUGUCGACUGUGACCUCCACGACCACAGAGAUUUUGGCCGCAGUCGCGGAAAUGGCGAACCACGCGGCAACAGCGGCGGCAGCCCGGGAGGAGGUCCUUGGGGAGGACACUGUAGUGGGUUCUUCCGCAUCGGGUACUUCUACGGGAGCCUCGACCGGGGGAACAAAAAAGAGAAGUUUUUGGAGCCGUUUGUUCAAUCUACCGGAGGAGAAAUCGGACAAGUUGCAGUUUCUAGCGCCCCGAGGGGAGGAGUAGGGAGGGACGAGAAGCGUCUUGCUAGUAGCGAUGAAGAACCAGGUCGAAAAGAUUAACUUCUUCCACAGGGUAGGAUUUACUUCUUGGAACGAUCAUACUAUGUACAUGCUUGGUUUAUAUGCUUAAGUCUAAGUUGUUGACUCUAGUUCAUUUUCUAGUUCGACAGCCGAGCAGUAUUCGCACCCCUUUCCGAGGUUAGGAAAUUUUGAUUGUGAUAAACUCUAUACCGUAAACACGCCCUUGUAACACAUGCAUGGAAAUUCAGCGCAAUUUCAUUUUGGAGUAAGAGGCUUAUCGCUAGUAGAAACCAAAAUUAUCUUUGACAGUACACUAUCCUAGUAGCGCAAAUAUUAGUAGUAUCCUAGAAAAAUAGCUAGAGCUGUCUGCCCAGACAAGAAAAUUAUGGGACCGGUGCAGUGAUGAGCGUGAGCGGCCUCGCGAGCGUGGCUUUGUGGCUCCGAAGAUCCUCGUGGAGUGAGCGGCUAGUUUUGGUGAGGGUAUUAUAUGUCUGUCGGUCGAGAGGACAGGAGCCGCAUACUGAAGAGGCAGGUGCGCGCAGUCCAGAUCAAUACUUUCACGUACAGUCCCCGUCUUCGUCGGUAUGCUUGCGUUUUGGUUUCUCUGUGAAAUUUCACUACUCACGUCGGACCUCUUGUCUCCGUUUCGUGCUGUUUUCGUUCUGUGAUUUUUGCGUUUAUGUACUGACUGUCGUGGUUUUUGUCUCCUCGUCGUCGGCUUCUUCUUCCGUUGUCGUGGUGCCCGUUUCGCGGUUCUUGUCGUUCGCGUUGUCUCGUUUCGCGUUUUGGUUGUUUCUUCUUUUUGUUUCUUUGGCUUUGUGCAGUUUUAGUUUUUCGUUGCGGUGUAGUUUCUAAUGGUAUUUGCUGUGGUUUGUCGUCUUUCGUCGUUUGUUUUUUGUCUCGCGUGAAAAGGGGUUGCGCACCACUCGGUGCGGGGCUAUUGGCAGCGCGCAUAUCGUUUGUGCAGGCAAUUAACCUUUACUCUCACUCGGGCAAUGGAUUCGUCGUGCAUCGGUUCACAAAGUGGAAUGAGUUCUUUUCCGUUGGCUUAUCGUUCGUCACGGUCGUUCUCAUCUUUUUUUUGCUAUUGGAUCAGCGCCAUUCGCAUUCGCUAUUCGGCAAAAUCGGUCACGAUGGAUGCUGGAGUCGUUUUCGUCCUUGUCGUCUUGGCGUUUUUUCUUGGGGGAGUUUGUCUUUUUUUCGUUUCGUUGUGGCAGAUUGUGAUUGUUCGGAUGUUUUUGGCCGUUUUUUUUUGUGGUUCCUAUCAUGAUGUCAUGAUCACACUACAGGGGAUGUUAUGA